UAUGUGUUUAAAAAGGAGGAGGGCUCGCUUGUCAUGAAUGCCUCAGAAGAGUUGUGAAAACAACCAGCCGAAGAAGGGAGUCACGCAGUUGCAGAUGCAGCUCCCACGCUGAGACACACAGUCAGGUCCUUCAGGGAAAGAGUGUGAGAGAGUGUGAGCAGAAACGCUGGGGGACUGCCAAAGAGAGAGCGCUGUCACUGGAAGGCAUCUAUCCUCACACUUUCUGGGCUGUAAAAGAAUCAUCAGCCUCUGACAGAAGUUAGAAUUCUGCAGCAGAUGAAAUGAGAGCUUUGAUAAGUUAUAUGUAGGCAAAAAGGAAAAAAAUACAGGUUUCCAGUUUUAGUUUGCUUUCAGAGGAGGCUUUGAGCUCAAGAAGAACUCUUAAGAUUGAGUGAAGUCCUUCUGCAUUACCAUGGAUCAGCCAGCCAGCAGCUGCAUGCGGAGCACCCAUCCUAGCAACCCCAUCUGGGGGUGCAUGAGGAACCCCCACUCUGGGGUCCCAGGAAGCAACCUGCAGUCGCCCUACCAACAGGGCCCCUUCUCCAUGCACCAAAAACCUGAGUUUCUGGCCUACACGGACUUCUCCACUUCCUGCUUGGUGCCAAGCGCGCCCCAUGCAGCCUACCCUCGUGACGAAAGACUCUAUCAAGACAGCCACGGCGGUUACCCAAGAGGCGACUGGCAGUUCAACCCCUGUGACACCCGGUCGAGAUCGACCGAUGCCUGCCCGUCUGCUUCAGCUGCGGUUGUGGGCACUGGAAGUGGAGGAGGUCCUGAGCUGGAGAGCGUGGGGACCGAAAGAUUGCCGGGCAGCAUGCAACCUGGGUCUCUGGAUGGAGAAUACUCACCCCAGAGCGUGGCUUCAGUUGACUCAGACAAGAAGAGCUCAAACAAAAGGAAGAGAGAUGUCACAGUUUCCUACAUGCAGGUUAAAGUUUGGUUUCAGAACAGGCGGAUGAAGUGGAAGAGAGUGAAGGGAGGACAAUCGGCUUCGCCCAACGACCUGGAAAAUGAUGACAUUGACUCGGCUGCUUCGCCCAGCUCUGAAUGAUGGAGGCCAGCCCUGUAGGAAAUUACAAAAAAAGGAAGCAACUUGAUCAGCUGGACGUGGACACAAUAUUUGGUUAAUUGUGUGGAAAGUUGGCUGAAGGAAACGUUAAUUUUUCAGACUUCUUUUUUCAAUUAUCCCCUUGGAAAAGGAAAAAAAAGACUGAGAAAAGGUUUUACUGUUUUCUGAUGUACAUAGUUGACGUAAUGAGCCCUUUUUGACAAUUUACUGAUAAACACUCAGACUGACAGCCGCUCUUUUUUUGCUCUGACUGUUUAAAUAUGAAUGAAACUUGAGCCCAGUGUGGGUCGGUGACAGACAGAAGCUUUUGGUGUCUCGAUGUCAUAUCAACUGUGUGUUUGGAAACAUACCAUCUCAUUUCAGUAUUGUUAGCACAGCCUUUGAUGCUUGACUAUAACCACCUGGAAAAACUUUGUGUUCUUGUGUUGCCAAGUCCUAAGUGCCUCCAAGUCAGGCGUUCUUUAAAUAAUUUGUCAGUUUCUUCUUUUGCAUAUGAUUUUUUUCCCCAAGUCUUUUUAUUGCUCCUUUUAUACAAUUUGAAUGCCAUUGAUAAAACACAGAUGUUGACUUUUUCUACAAAAAGAAUAAAUCUUUUGCAAACCGGGUAACAUAAACUGAUUUCUUCCAUCUGCGACUUCUCUGAGUUAUGGCUGAGCGCUUGGUAUAGAGUUUAUUUUUGGCUGAACAAUUUAUUUUAGACAGUUUGGUGAAGAAAUAAGAGCAUUUAUCAUUAAAAGUUAUGAAGAGGUAUUAAAGAGCAAGUUAGAGGGAAUUAGCCCCAACAUUAGUGAGACUCCACUAAAAUACAGUCCUCUUAAAUUUCUGUACCCCAUUAAAACCUCCGUAUGUUAACAAAUAACCUGAAUUAUUUUUUGGAGGAACUUUGCAUGACAAACC